CUCUGUUGCUGUGGUAACAGUUCCCAUAGAGGUUCUCCGAAUUCAACGGAGUGGAACUUCUUGAUUAGAGUUUAGGGACCAGCGUGAAAUUAUUUUGGAGUGGUCUAUCAUUUCCCUCGAAGAAGAAAAAUAUGACCGCAAAUAAUUUCUCGUUUAAAUUCAGGUCUCAUUUAAAUCAGCUGUUUUUAUCUUUUUCCCGGUGGGACUCUGAUAGUAGUCCAAAGCAUGAUCAUUUACGCUUUGUUGAGCUGAAAUAGGCUACUGUAAAUGAUCACAGCUAAAUAUGAUAGUGUGCCAACUCGUGGGAGUCUUUCUUGUUGGUAGUAGUGGUUAUUUCUCAUAUGAAAAGAUGGGUAGAUACGGGAUUAUUAUAUUUUACGAAAUAUAGGAGCUAUAGGCUGCUAUUACUGGGCGUGGAGACUGAUUGGUAAACAACAGUCUAGAGUGACUGCAAUGAUUGUAAAGUGUAAUUAUAGCUGUUUUCCAAUUUCGCAUUUGUAAUGUAGGCUAUUUUAUUUUAAAGUGAACGAAAACCUGUAUCAAUAUCCUAAUAGGCUAGUAGGAUAUAUAGAAUGCAUAGCACAUAACGGGAGGCACCAAAACCUCCGGAAAUUGCAUGCUUAGGAUCCAGCUCCCAAAUCCACCUGCUGAUGCUGAGACCUGGAGAGACCCAGAUUAGCAAACGAGGGGACUGUGGCGCGGGCUCAAACAAGUUUGUUGUUUGACCCGUUAGAAAGGAUCUAUACGUUUUUUUAACGUGGAAUGAUGGAUUUGCAUGCAUUUUUGUAUCGUUUAUUGGGAAUUAUACUUCCUGGCAUGGCGUACGGACUGCAAAUCACCUCGACUGGACCCAGGUCGAUAUUGAAAGCCAGCGGGGACAGUGUAACUCUGGACUGUGACUUCACACUGGCCCCUGAAGACUCUGGGCACCUGGACAUUGAGUGGACCCUAAUGGCCUCAGACAGCCAGAAUUUAGACAAAGUUAUACUCCUGUACUCAGGCGGCAGGGUUUACGAAGACUACUACCCCGCCACGAAGGGGCGGAUGCACUUCAGCUCCGCCCACCCGAAGGACGGAGACGCCUCGGUCAACCUGACCCGGCUGGAGGUUUCUGACACGGGGACGUAUCAGUGCAAGGUGAAGAAGGCUCCCGGCAUCGGCAGCAGGAAGAUCUUCCUCUCUGUGAUGGUCAGGCCGUCCAAACCUCACUGUUUUAAGGAGGGCCUGUCCCGGGAAGGGGAGGACCUGGUCCUGAGGUGUGCCUCGUCCGAGGGCACCCACCCCCUGCAGUACACCUGGGAGAAGACCAGCGACGGCACACUGCCACCCACCAGCACCGUGCCAGAUCCCGUCAGCGGCGUCAUGACGAUAAAGAACGUGUCCGCCGGCGCUUCCGGAACGUACCGCUGUACGGCCAAGAACCGCGUCGGCGCGGACGAGUGCGUCCUCCACCUGCACGUCACGCCCUCCCGGAACAUGGCCGGCGUCAUUGCCGGCGCGGUCAUCGGGGUCCUGCUCUCACUCAUCCUCACCGCCAUCGUCCUCUUCUGCUGCUGCCGUGCCCGCAACAGGAAGUACGAGAAGGAAACCGCGUACGAGAUCAGGGAGGACGUUCCUCCUCCGAGGAGCCGGGUGUCGGUGGCGCGGAGCGUGACCAGCGCGGGCAGCCAUCGCUCCUCCCUGGGCUCGCUGUCCCCCUCCAACCUGCACGAGUACGCGCCCAAGCCCCAGUACGACAAGGCCUCCACCGAGGAGCGGGAGCGGCCGCCCGGUCACUCGACGGGGCCGAACCCAGGCCGCGCGGAGGCGGUCCCCGCCGCGAUCCCCGCCCAGAGAAGGGACGGCUCCAUCGUUUAAUUGGGGAAAACGGGACUGCGCUGUACGCCUAAACCUGCGUCCAGCCAACCAGGUCGUGCUUCGGUUAGACUGAACGCUGCGCCACAGCGUCAAAAUGGUACUGAAGGCACAUCCUCUGUCUGACAACACAAUAGUAGAAUUCAUGACUGAAUGGCGAAUGCCAUCUUCUUGUACGUAGGGCACCUGUAUUUUAAAGUGUAGUGACAUAAAGCAUGACUGAUUUUUUAUUGGUCUGUAGAGAUCUUUUCAGAACUGUGAAUGCAGUUGUUUUAAUUGCCUGUAUGAUGAAUUCCUGUUGGUAUGGGCAUCAGACUGGUCUACGCACAAUGCCAAUGAAAACAAGAGCCUCCUCAUAUCCAUUCUCUUAAACUUUUUUUAAGAUUAUCUGCCUGAUCCGUAGGUGCUUUUUAACAUUAGCUUCAAUGUUUUCAAUGUUUAAGUCACAUGUGACCUAAUCCAGAAUGGGUGAAAGGCAUUCAUAUCUAAUGUGGAGAUGCUAUUUGAAGGUCUUUUCAUUUUUUAAUAUAGAUGCUUUUUUUUUACUAAAUAAAUGUACAG